AUGUCCUCGUCCGACAUACCCCCCGAGUUCCGGAUCGACGCCAAAAGGUCCAAUGCAGCCAGCUUCUUGGGGGCCACCAUCGGCGCCUUCUUCUACGGCAUCGUCCUCCUCCAAGCUUUCAUGUACUUUCACAGAUACAAGAACGACCAGCCCAUACUCAAGCUCAUGGUUCUCAUCAUGGUCUUGGCAGAAACUGCCCAUGUGGGCCUCACGAUGCACAUCGGGUACUUCUACUGGGUCGAACACCAUGCCGAUGCCGAUGCCGACAACUUCGCUACUGUAUCGAUCAUCCUGCUUGCGCCAGUCUCGGCAUUCGUGAUCCUGCUUGCCGAUAUCUUCUAUGCUCGGCGUGUAUGGCUAUUCAACCCUCCGUACAAGGUUUCAUUCUUUGUCACCUGGGCAUUAUUCGUAGGCGUGGGAACGGGAUUUGAUCUGAGCGCAACUAUCAGACUAUUGAUGAAUAGAACUUUCCAAACUUGGGACGAAAUCAAGUGGUUGACUACUGUAGCGUUUGCAUGCGCUGUAGUCAGUGACGUGCUGGUUGCUGUUUCCCUUGUAAUCCAUCUCUACAGGCAAAAGACAGGAUUCAGGCGUACCGACAGGCUUGUGGAUACUCUGACGUCGUACGCUAUCAACACAGGCCUGGUGACCAGUUUGGCUAGUGGCGUUUGCCUCUUCCUAUCUUUACUAGAAGGGCCGCAUAACUUGUAUCUUGCCGCGCUCACCAUGGUCACCACAAAAAUCUACGCCAUCUCGGUGCUCGUAACACUGAACUCGCGCGAAUACCUGUCGAGCAGGCUGCACGCCCCCGAGACCGACGGAACGGACAUCUUCACGACCGUCCCUUCGUUCUUCCGCACACAGUUCCGCUCGUCCUUCUGGACCCGGACCACGACCCAGCCCCGUAUAGGUACGCUCCCCGCGUCCGCGCUCCUCGCGGCCUGA